AUGGCGCCGCGCACACUGAUCCUGCUGCUGGCGGCUGCCCUGGCCCUGACCCAGACCCGCGCGGGCUCACACUCGCUGCUGUAUUUUGAGACCUUUGUGUCCCGGCCCGGCCUCGGGAAACCACGGUUCAUCUCUGUCGGCUACGUGGACGACACGCAGUUCCUGUGCUUCGACAGCGACUCGGAGAAUCCAAGAUAUGAGCCGCGCGAGCCGUGGGUGGAGCAGGAGGGGCCGGAGUAUUGGGACCGGAACACACGGAGAGCCAAGAACGCAGAGAAGAUUUUCCGAGUGAGCCUGAGGACCCUCUUCCGCUACUACAACCAGAGCGAGGACGGUUCUCAUGCGGUCCAGCACAUGUAUGGCUGUGACGUGGGGUCGGACGGGAGGCUCCUCCGCGGGUACAUGCAGCUCGCCUACGAUGGCCGCGAUUACAUCGCCCUGAACAAAGACCUGAAAACGUGGACGGCGGCGGACAUGGCAGCACAAAUCACCCGACGCAAGUGGGAGCAGACUGCUGAAGCAGAGAUACACAGGGCCUACCUGGAGGGCGAGUGCGUGGAGUCGCUCCUCAGAUACCUGGAGCUCGGGAAGGAGACGCUGCUGAGCACAGAUCCCCCAAAGGCACAUGUGACCCAUCACCCCAGAUCUGAAGGUGAAGUCACUCUGAGGUGCUGGGCCCUGGGCUUCUACCCUGCUGACAUCACCUUGACCUGGCAGUUGAAUGGGGAGGACCUGACCCAGGACAUGGAGCUUGUGGAGACCAGGCCUUCAGGGGAUGGAACCUUCCAGAAGUGGGCAUCUGUGGUGGUGCCUCUUGGGAACGAGCAGAGUUACACAUGCCAUGUGCAACAUGAGGGGCUGCCUGAGCCCCUCACCCUGAGAUGGGAGCCUCCUCCAUCCACUGACUCUUACAUGGGGAUCAUUGCUGUUCUGGUUGUCCUUGGAGCUGUGGCCAUCAUUGGGGGUGUGAUGGCUUUUUUGAUGAAGAGAAAGAGAAACACAGGUGGAACAGGAGGAGUCUAUGCUCUGGCUCCAGUCAGGGAAAGCUCCCAGAGGUCUGAUAUGUCUCACUGA